AAGCGUCCGCCCGAGGUCGCGGCCCGCUCGCUGCCAACGGGCCGGCCGCGGCGUCAGCAGCGCGCCAGGCACCCGGCCCGAGUCGCCCGCCCCGACCCUCCCGGCGCCACACGCAGUAGCUGCUUUGCAAAUGGGUACGGAGUGAAGGCGGGCAGCGGGGCGGACAGAGGACCCCGCUCGCCGACUCCGCGCCGGCCAACCCCGCGGGGCGCCGGGGGACGGCGGGCGGGCGCGCACGCCCCGCCCAACGCGCUUCCGGCCGAGCCACGUGACCGCGCGCGCACGUGUUCCGGCUCCUCGGCGCCGCGGGCCGGAAGCUGCUCCCGGCGGGUUCCCGGCGGCUGCCCGCCGAGAACCGUCGCGGGCCGGCGGGGGAGGCGGCGAGCCGGGAACGGCGCAGACGCGGCGCCCGCCGGGGAGCGGGCAGCGGCCUCGCCAUGAACCCCAGGGGCCUGUUCCAGGACUUCAACCCGAGUAAGUUCCUCAUCUACGCCUGCCUGCUGCUCUUCUCCGUGCUGCUGCCCCUCCGCCUGGACGGCGUCAUCCAGUGGAGCUGCUGGGCCGUGUUCGCCCCCAUCUGGCUGUGGAAGCUCCUGGUCCUCGCGGGCGCCUCGGUGGGCGCGGGCGUCUGGGCGCGGAACCCGCGCUACCGCACGGAGGGGGAGGCCUGCGUAGAGUUCAAGGCCAUGCUGAUCGCCGUGGGCAUCCAUCUGCUGCUGCUCAUGUUCGAGGUCCUGGUCUGCGACAGGGUGGAGCGGGGGACCCACUUCUGGCUGCUGGUCUUCAUGCCGCUCUUCUUCGUGUCCCCCGUGUCCGUGGCCGCCUGCGUGUGGGGCUUCCGACACGACCGGUCCCUGGAGCUGGAGAUCCUGUGCUCCGUCAACAUCCUGCAGUUCAUCUUCAUCGCCCUGAGGCUGGACCGGAUCAUCCACUGGCCGUGGCUGGUGGUGUUUGUGCCGCUCUGGAUCCUCAUGUCGUUCCUCUGCCUGGUGGUCCUGUAUUACAUCGUCUGGUCCCUCCUGUUUCUGCGCUCCCUGGAUGUGGUUGCCGAGCAGCGAAGAACACACGUGACCAUGGCCAUCAGCUGGAUAACGAUCGUGGUGCCCCUGCUCACCUUCGAGGUUCUGCUGGUGCACAGGCUGGACGGCCACAACGCGUUCUCCUUCAUCUCCAUAUUCGUCCCCCUUUGGCUUUCGCUAAUCACGUUGAUGGCCACAACGUUUAGGCGGAAAGGGGGCAACCACUGGUGGUUUGGUAUUCGCAGAGAUUUCUGUCAGUUUCUGCUCGAAAUUUUCCCAUUUUUAAGAGAAUAUGGGAACAUUUCCUAUGAUUUACAUCAUGAAGAUAAUGAAGAUGCUGAAGAAACAUCGGCGUCAGAAGCGCCUAAAAUUGCUCCGAUGUUUGGAAAGAAGGCCAGGGUGGUGAUAACCCAGAGCCCUGGGAAAUAUGUUCCCCCACCCCCCAAGUUAAGUAUUGAUAUGCCAGAUUAAACUCGUCUUCUGGGGCGUGUCCACAAGUGGAAGAGAAACCAUAUACACACAAAAUCCACCUUCCUUUGACCUCUUUGCUCAUCCAUGCCAAACCUGGAACUGAAAACAGGCUCCAAACAUCAUUUCAUGCCUUGUUUGAGGUUGCUGCCUAUCAGUGACUCAUCAGCACUCACCAGAGACGUAGGAGGCUAUUUUACUGUGCAGCUGUGUGUGCGUGGUGCGCCUCUGUGACGCACUUGUUCUCCAGGCUGGUGUCGUGAGCCAGCCACGAGCAGUGAAUAGGGUUGUUCAGGCAGGUCCUCAGAUGGAGUGACUACACAGCUGGGGAUUUUAAAGUGGUACUAUACCUAUCAAAAGUAUUGUUUUGAAAAGUAUUUUUAUACACUGCUAAUGUAAAAUUGUAUUUCAGAUUGUGCCUGUUGUGACAUAGUAGCAAAUGUAAAGCAUUCUCUUUCCCACCACUUGCAUAUAAGCCUCAUAGUUGUUAUUUUUAGUGUUGCUACUGUUAGAAUGGUUUUUCUUUGGGCUUUGCCGAUACUGGUCUUUAACAGCCUAAUAGGUGAAUUUUUCUAAUGCAGUGAAUCCAUCCAUACAUGAUAUUUAUAUGACUGUUUUAGCACUGUAAUGUGUUGAAUUCUAGUUCUGUGCAGUACGGUGUAUUAUGUUAAAGUAUUUUUUUAAGUUUAUAUGUGAAGAGAGAUGUCUACUGCAGAGGUUGUUAAAGAUUGCUUAAAACAUGAAUAUGUACCUGGCAUGGGGUCUUAUUAAAAUUCUGGGCGUGGGGGCUUCCCUGGUGGCGCAGUGGUUGAGAAUCUGCCUGCCAAUGCAGGGGACGCGGGUUCGUGCCCUGGUCUGGGAAGAUCCCACAGGCCGCGGAGCAACUGGGCCCGUGAGCCACAAUUACUGAGCCUGCGCGUCUGGAGCCUGUGCUCCGCAACAAGAGAGGCCGCGAUAGUGAGAGGCCCGCGCACCGCGAUGAAGAGUGGCCCCCGCUUGCCACAACUAGAGAAAGCCCUCACACAGAAACGAAGACCCAACACAGCCAUAAAUAAAUAAAUAAAUAAAUAAAUAAAGACUUUCUCCCUAUAAAAAAAAAAAAAAAAAAAUUCUGGGCGUGAAUAUGGGGAUUGAAAGUCCCAAGGAUCUUCAUAUUCAGGUGUUAGAUGAUUCCGUCUGCGCAGCUUGGAGGUCUCUCUUGGAAGGAGCCACCAUCCUUUGGGAACACGUGACAUGCUCCAGUGUGGUACCAGACCCUAAAGUGACACUUAUUUAGCACCUUGAAUUCUUCUCUUCAGGAACAACCAAAAGAAGCAGGUGGUUUGUCCAUUUCUAAGAAUCUUAGAAUAUUAGUUGGCCAUGAUAUAAAGUGGUGUUUGUGCUUGUCAUUGGAAAGCUGGAGAGAGCGGCCUUAACCGGACAUGGUCAGCAGGAUCAAGUAUUACUUUAAGGUCCAAACUUUUUGAUCUGGCAGCGACAGGGAAGUAACAGUUCAGGUUAUUUUUUAAAUUUUGCUUUAGGUACUGGUGGUACCAGGGAAUCAGAAGGGCAAAAACCAGAUCCUGGGAGAGCAAUGUUCUUGUGACUGAGAACAAAUAAAUACUUCCAAAAGAAGGUUAAAAUUAAAA